AUGCAAAAUCGAAUAAGCGUAUCAGAUAAUAUUUCUGGUGGAGAUCAUUCUUUAAGAGUGCCUGUAAUUCGGGAUAAGUUAGUGAAGGUCACGGGACAUCUGAAAAAGACGGAAACAUUGUCAGAUGCUUCUGUUGCGAAAACUAUUAAUCUAAUCUAGAUAACAGGAAAUAUUGGUGGUCAAAUUGAAGUUAUUCUACCGAUUAUCCUUAAUGGUAUUGUACAUAUCAGUGCGCAUCAGGUGUCAGUGACAAUUCAGUUGACAGUACAUCAUGCCUCGAAUGGAUCUCCAUAUCUCCGUGUCAUUGGUUGCUAUGUGUCUGUUGGCUUUACCGAUGUUGUUAUUCGAAACGGUGGUCUCGUCGGCGAUGUUUUCAAUUCACAGUUUCGUGGAAACGCGGCUGCGCAAGCUCGGCAAAUGUUGCCGUCCAAAAUAUGUGCAAUGAUUCCACAUAUUAUUGGCCAAAAACUCAACAGCCGUCUGAAAACCAUGCCUCAGUCCAUACCGCUUACAAAGUUCGCCAGCAUCGCUGAAGGAAUUGUUCGAAGUGUUGCUUUCGACAGUCUACCGGGCCACGUAAGUUCAUGCAAUUCAGGAAUAGCUGAUGUAUCAUUGUGA